UAUUUGGGAUAGCAAAGCAUUUAACGGGGGUUACACUUUUGAAAUGACAAAAGAAGAAAAAGACGUCGCAGUUUAAAGCGUCUACUACUUUAAAACACUCUUAAUUUGAAUAAAUGAACUUUGCAUAAACACUGAAUAACAGCAGAAGCAGAAGAUAGUGAGAGAAAGUGUAAAAAUGGAGUUAGAUGAAUGGGAUUUGAGUGCUGAACAACUCGAAUCCCUCGAAAAAGACGCUCUUCGUCAAAUUGCUCUUCGCAAAAACUCCAAUUCCAAUUCCAAUUCUACUACUAAUUUUGCAUCAACGACUACAACAACGACAACUCCUACCGUUUCCGGCGCCAAUUCGCAGCUUCCGCCAUUACCAAAUUCUCUCCCCUCUUCUUCUACUCAGUCAUUCAAGGAUUCUUCGAGGGUUCAAACUCAGGCGGAUGGUCCUUCAGGGUCCAGAGUCUUGCCAUCGUCCGUUGCACCAAAAACAGCUGAUGACUCUUCAAAGGAGGAACCAAAGCAUUCUGUCAAGUUCUUUCUUCAUGCUAGUGGAAAUAUAGCUAUCAGGUUUCCGUAUAACCAGGUUCUUAUAAAUGCUGUCAAGAAGAUUCCUAAAGCUACCUGGAAUGCAAAAGAGAGGCUAUGGAUAAUUCCACUGUCUUCUUUGUCAACUGCUGAAGACAUUCUCAGGGAAACUCCAGGGUUGAAAAUUGAGGUGGAAAAUCUGGACCCCUUAGUUCGGAGAGCUAUAACUGCUGCAACAGCUGCUCCGGAUCUUCAAGAUCGAUAUGACAAUAUUCCAAGCUAUAUAGAAACGAAGCUUCUACCAUUUCAGCGGGAGGGCGUCAGGUUUGUGUUGCAGAGGGGAGGUCGGGCUCUUAUAGCAGAUGAAAUGGGUCUGGGUAAGACUUUACAGGCAAUUGCUGUAGCCUUAUGUGUCCGUGAAGCGUGGCCUGUUUUGGUGCUUACACCUUCUUCUUUGCGUUUGCAUUGGGCUUCUAUGAUACAUGAAUGGCUGAAGAUUCCUCCGUCAGAUAUUGUUGUGUUAUUAUCUCAAUGUUCGGGAUCAAAUAGAGGGGGUUUUUCAGUGGUGUCCACAGCCAAGGGGACUGCUCGUCUUGAUGGUUUGUUCAAUAUUGUUUCCUACGACUCUGUUCCCAAGCUACAGGGGACUCUUAUGGCAUCAGAGUUUAAGGUUGUUAUUGCAGACGAGUCGCAUUAUUUGAAAAAUGCUCAAGCAAAGAGGACAGCUGCCUCUCUCCCAGUUAUAGGGAAAGCACAGUAUGCAAUUUUGCUUAGUGGAACUCCUGCUCUGUCAAGGCCAAUCGAGCUAUUCAAGCAGCUAGAAUCCCUCUAUCCUAGUGUUUACAAGAAUGUCCAUGAUUAUGGAAACCGAUAUUGCAGGGGUGGAGUAUUUGGAUUAUACCAAGGUUCAAGUAACCAUGAAGAAUUGCACAAUUUAAUGAAAGCAACACUCAUGAUACGCAGACUGAAGAAGGAUGUUCUUUAUGAGCUUCCUGUAAAACGUAGGCAGCAGGUCUUUCUGGAUCUGGCUGAAAAAGACUUGAGACAAAUUAAAGCAUUGUUUCUUGAGCUGGGGGUGGUGAAAGACAGGAUUAAAGCUAGCAGUUCCAAGGAUGAACAAGAGUCUCUCAAAUUUACUCAAAAGGGUUUGAUUAAUAAGAUAUAUACUGAUUCUGCAGAAGCAAAGAUUCCAGCAGUUAAGGAAUACCUGGGAACAGUCAUUGAGGCUGGAUGUAAAUUUCUAAUAUUUGCGCACCAUCAACCUAUGAUUGAAGCAAUACACCAGUUUUUACAGAAGAAAAAGGUUGGCUGCAUUCGCAUCGAUGGUGGUACACCUGCAGCAUCAAGACAAUCUUUGGUUACAGAAUUUCAGGAAAAUGAAGCAAUCAAGGCUGCAGUUCUGUCAAUUAAAGCUGGAGGUGUUGGUUUAACUCUAACAGCAGCUAGCACAGUUAUCUUUGCUGAGUUAUCUUGGACCCCUGGUGACUUGAUACAAGCCGAAGAUCGUGCUCAUAGAAUCGGCCAGGUCUCUUCGGUCAACGUAUAUUACCUUCUAGCAAAUGAUACUGUUGAUGAUAUUAUCUGGGACGUUGUUCAGAGCAAACUAGAAAAUCUUGGACAGGUUCUUGACGGACAAGAGAAUACCAUGGAAGUUUCAAGCAACCUACCAAGAUCUAGCCCUGCAAAGCAGAAAAUACUUAGCUCACACAGAUCACCUUCUUCUAGCCCUCAGAAGCAGAAAACACUACACAGCUCGCCUACUUGUAGCCCUAUGAAGCAGAAAACACUUGAUGGUUAUCUAAAACGAUGCGGUACCCCAGAUACAACUGAUGCUGAGCCUAGUUUGAAACAUCCGAGAAACUAAUUUUUUUUUUUUACUAACAAGGUUAUGUACUAUAUAUCUGUAUAAUUAGUCCUUUUGUAAAUGUACAUAAUUCAUGUCGACUUUGUAAAUUGGAGAAGCCAUCUGUUGAUAUAUCUGUAUCCGAGAACAAGCUUGUGCAUCUCAGAACUGUACUUCCCUUCUUCCCCUGCUACUUGUCUAGUUUGGGAAUUGGGAUUGUUGAAGGAAUGAGUUCCUUUUGAAUUUUGAUAACUAAUCACACUAAUUGAAGUUCCCAUGUAAUCACCUAUUGAAAAUUCAUUUCUAACCACUCAUUGUAAUUUGAAUUUGUCUUUUAUCUCAAAA